UGAUACAACAUUUAACAAUUCACACGCACUCGCUGACACUGCGGUUACCAAGCACAUGGCUAGUGUAUGUGACUUGACCACAUAGUCUGUAUAGUUCGUUCUAUUCAUCUGUUUACAUCCCAGGAUGCACGCCCAUUAAAGUUUGUAGAGGGAACACAAUAUUGAUCGUUUUGCUGUAGUGGCCUAAAAAGGGAACGAGGUGGGUGCCCUUCGCAUUCUGGCUGUCACGUGACGGUGUGGUCUGGGCGACAGUGAGGUUGCGACCGAGCACCACCACCACUGCUUCUCCUCCGCUGGCUGGACAAACAUGUUAGACCCAUACCGUCGUCUCGCUCUUAUCGUCAGCCAGUCAUUCGUCCAAAACCCUGUAGCCCACGGUUUGGAGUACUUACCAAGAUUUGAAGCUGGUUUGCACGAAGAAAUGACCUGAAGAGUGAUCCAUCGCAUCCACCACCGCACAAGAAAGACAGACAGACGCGCAACCGAACGCACGCCCCUACUCAUCGACCAUGUCCCAGUCUGAGAUGUGUGUGUCUGUGUGGGACUGGCUGUGUGCCCUGCGUCUGGAGCAGUACUGCGACGCCUUCCAAGACUUCGGGCUGCUGACGCUGGGGCAAUGCCAGAGCCUCUCUCUGGAACAGCUGGAGAGUCUGGGAGUCACGCUGCCGGGACACCGGCGACGCAUCUUGGCCAGCCUGCACAAGUCCCAGUCCCCUACCCACCCUCCUCCCCAUCAGCAGCCAGACACACAGGGCUCCCCGAGGCCCCGUCCCAACCAAGCCGUCGCGGCGGAGGAGGUGGCGGCGCAACAGCAGGGGAGGGGAGCAGCCCUGUGCCCCAAGCCGCCCCAGAGGGAGAGACCCGUGCCCGUCCCGCCCGAUAGAGAGAGGCCCGUCCCAAAGGAGAGGAGGGAAGUCCUGCCUGUCCCCAGGGAGAGGCCGAGGCCUACCCCCCGGGAGAGGGCCGCACGCUCCUCGGAGAGGUCCGGCUCGGAGGAAGGGAGGGGGGACUCCGGGGAGGAGGGGAGGACGCCCCGGCUGCAACGGGAUAGGCAGAGAGCCCGGACAGUAAACGAGGCAGAUGGAGGGCCGGAAGAGGGGAGGCCAAGGCCCGUGCCCAGGGAGAGGACUAAGCAUAGCGCCUCUUGCCCUGAAGAUGCCGGCAGCGACCCUGCCUUGCCCCCCAUCCCCCCAAGGAGCACCCCCAACCGCCCACCUCAGCGCUUCACCCUCCCCACCCCCAGCCCCCCCGUGCCAGUCCCCGCUGGCUCAUCUCCACCCCCCAGCAGCAGGACCCCUCCGCCCCCCGACGUUCCCAGCAGGAGCCAGGGCCCCAGCCUUCACACCACCCCCACCCUCCAGACCCCUCCCCCCAUCACACAGACGGCCGUCCAGCCUCCUGACAUUGGCUCUGCUCCCCCCACUCGCUCCUCGGAGGGGGGGCGGCGGCGAAGGGAGAAGGACUUCGCCCGCCUCUCCCGCCACCACCCCGCCUUUACCCCGCUCCUGCUUGUCGUCAUCCACUGCCUCCUCUGCAUCCUCCUCCUCCUCCCCAACCUCCACCUCCCCUUCCUCCAACUACUCCCUACCACCAGAGUUGAAGGCCGAGAUUGUUGCCCCACCCCUGCCUCCUAA